AUGCCUCCAGCACCAUUUAACCGAGUGUGCACAGAUCAUUCUGAAAACGACAAAUCUUAUAUGCAAAAAGCAUUAGAGGAAGCCUGUAGUGGAGUCAGUAAAGGAGAUGGUGGUCCAUUCGGAGCUGUUGUUGUUAAGAACGGCGAGAUUGUUGCUACCGGACACAACAUGGUAUUACAAACUCAAGACCCAACUAUGCACGCUGAAGUAACUGCCAUUCGAAACGCUUGCAAGAAACUAGGAUCAUUCAACUUAUCCGGAUGUGUUCUUUAUACAUCAUGCUAUCCAUGUCCAAUGUGCAUGGGCGCUUGUUUAUGGGCACGAUUUGACGCCAUUUAUUAUGCUGCUUCUGCUGAACAGGCGGCUGAUGCUGGUUUCGAUGAUAAGGAGUUCCAUGACUUCUUGAAAGAUCCCAAGACUGACAAGUUGAGAAAAUUGGAACAUUUCGCAAUGGAAAACUAUUUGAAGCCAUUCGAUAUGUGGAAGACUAAGCCAGACAAGACAGAUUACUGA